CGCAACAACCUAUAUAACGCGGAGGGAUACCAUCGUCACCGCACACUGUCAACGUUCAAAAUGAACAGACUCGUCAUGGAUGCCAUUGGCUCAGCUCCUGCGAUGGAUUCACUCCUGCAUGCAAAAUGUACCGCCCGUGUCCGUAUUGCAUUCCUAUCUGAGAGGAUUGAUUGUCUUACAAUGGGCGUCAAGAUACGGGAGUAAGGCGGCUCACUAUAUGUAUCUUCCUGCAGAAUCUACCCGGAUCCCAUAGUCUCACUCAGCCGUUAUCGAAUCAAUUCAUCAUUCUUCAAGUCGUCCAGUGCCGUGAGAAGCACAGCAAAACGUCUGUUCGCUAAUCGUCGUUGAACUCGCUGUUGUUGACAAUGCACUCGCCCGCCCAGCAGCUCCCCGUUACAGAGGACAAGAAAAUCGACAUGAUCGACGACGAAAAGUCAAUUGACCAGUCCAUUCCCGAUGGCUCGAAUCAGCGCAAAGAAGAGAACUAUCACAUGAGUGGACUGAAGCUCUAUGUCCUCGUAGCCGGGUUAUCUCUGUCGACGUUGCUGAUGUCUUUGGACAUGUCGAUUAUGACGACAGCUAUCCCCUUGAUAACCGAGAAGUUUCAAUCCACGGCUGAUAUUGGCUGGUAUAUGAGCGGAUACAUGUUGACUCUGUGUUCCAUGCAACCUCUCGGAGGGAAACUCUACGCCAAUUUCUCACUAAAGUACACUUACCUCUCGUUUUUUGCCGUCUUCGAGAUUGGCUCCGCCGUGUCCGGUGCAGCCACUUCCUCGCCCAUGCUCAUCACAGGACGUGCCAUCGCGGGCGUCGGAGCUGCUGGUCUAUUGAGUGGAGGUCUAGCCAUCAUUGCUGUGGUUGUAGAGUUGCGUUUGCGAGCACUGUACACCGGCUUUCUCGCAUCCAUGCUGGGCCUCGCACUCAUCAUCGGCCCACUCGUUGGCGGGGCAUUUACACAGCACGUAACAUGGCGAUGGAUCUUCUACAUCAACCUCCCUGUGGGUGGCGCCAUCAUCGCGGUUCUCGUCUUCAUGUUCAAACCACCAUACCGAACCGUUGAGCAAGACCCAGUCGGUGCCCGUAUCAAGCGCCUUGAUCUGCCUGGUGCGGCCUUGUUCAUUCCAGCCGUCGCGAUGAUUCUGAUGGCACUCCAGUGGGGCGAUAUUACAUACCCAUGGUCAUCGGCGCGCAUCGUCGGGCUGUUUGUCGGCGGCGGCGCACUCUUGCUCGUUUUUGCGGGCUGGCAAUACUACGUGGGAGAAGACGCCAUGAUUUCGCCUUCCGUCAUAACCCAGCGCACGGUAUUCUGGUCUUGCUUAUCCGCCAUGUUCGGCAUGGGCGCCAUGUCUUUGGUCGGUCUGUGGCUUCCCGAGUGGUUCCAGGUCAUCAAAGGUGCUUCUCCUGUGCAAUCCGGCGUCAACCUCCUUCCGACCAUGUUGGCGCAAAUCAUUGCGACGGGCGCUGCUGGCGCUUUGAUCACCGCUUGGGGAUACUACAACCCGUGGAUCAUCGGCGGUACGGCAUUCUUGAGUAUCGGGUUAGGAUUGUACACUCUGCUCGAGGUGUCCUCCGGAAGUCCGCAAUGGAUCGGAUUCCAGGUCCUCACUGGUCUCGGUGGAGGCAUGUUCAUGACGGUCCCUCUAAUCGCCAUUCAAGGAAUUCUAACCCCCUCCCAAACCCCUGUCGGCAUAGCAACAGUAACCUUCUUCCAAAUGUUCGGCGGUGCCCUAAUGACCGCAAUCUCCCAGACAAUUUUCAACCAGCAACUCCUGCACCACCUCGCGCUCAACGUCCCAGACGUCGACGUCGCCGCGCUCCUCGCUGCCGGCACGGCUUCCGUCAUGAAGGUCGUCGAGCCCGCGCAGGUCCCGGGUAUCCUGCUGAGUUACAACGCCGCGCUCGUUAGCCCGUUCUACUUGGCUGCGGCGCUGGGGGCCACCGCUUGUGUUUGUUCAUUGGGAUUGGAGUGGAAAAGCGUCAAGGGGAAGGAGGUUGUGGCCGGUGGUGCGUGA